GCUGCUUUUACUUCUACCGUGCACGUGACGUGGAGUAGCGCACAUCAUACGACGUUCCACAUCCUCUGUGAGCCUUCAGUGAGCCCUAGUAGAAGAUACAAAGGAACUUCAUAUUUGAAAGGAUAUAUCUACGACUGAGAAUGACUGACGCGAGUUCCAUGAGUUCCAUGAGCUCUAUGAGUGGGGUAGAGUCGGCGAGCGAAAUGUCGCAAAGCACGAGCGGAGCUGCAGGAGCAGAUCAAGGGUCGGGCUCGAAGACAGCGGUGAUUGCUGUCGCAGUUUGUCUCUUGUUGACAGGAUGUGCGUUCGCUGUAGCGCUUACAGUGCUUAGGUUGGGCGGCGAUAGUGGCGACGACAUCAUUGGAGCUGGAGAUGACGGAGUUCAACCAAGUGAUGACCAAUAUCAGGCAUCUAAUGCACAAUCCAGCUCGGCCACAACGCCUGAGACCACCUCUACCUCUACCUCUACCUCGACUACAACCACGACACAUAAACCCGAAAAGUUGGCUUGCUCCAUCUUCAAUGACUCUCUGUCAAGGGACGAUCUCUGCGAUUACCUUUUCCUUGAAGACCCCAAGCCCCUCAAUGACGCCAGCCCUGCGAGAAACGAGUUCGCCGAAAAGUGUCGCAGCUACUCCAGGACCAAAUGUGGGAUGCUAACUAAGGGCAGCCUGAGUACAGCAUUGCAGCUUCUACGGAGCCCUAAUGGGAAAAAAGCGACGGAAGAGCUCUGGAAAAGUGGCGUCCGUCACCAGAUCGUGCUGUAUCUAUCCCUAUCAGGUGGAACUCAGCAGAAUGAAAUUGACACCAUCGUUGCCCUUAGGAAGGAAUUCGACAGCCAGCAGGAGAAACUAAAGAGCCAACCUGGUGAUUACGCUUACUACUUCGUUGGAGUAUUAGCUCAGUACAGCGGUAAUGCUGCCAGCGACUCCCUGGUUAAGACACACUUCCAACUCAUGUUGCUGGAAGCUAAACCCAAUGGUGUUGUCUUCGUGAACUUCUAUGAGGAAGUCUUGGAGUCUGCUUCAGACUGCCAACUAACCGGACCCAACAUCUGGAACAAGCGGAUAAACCGAGUCCAAGGGACAUUCAUUGACAACCUCCGGCUCCUUACAGAGGUCAAUAUACCAGCUACAACUCUGCAGAUGUUUUCUAUUAGUCCUGCAAAACGGGUCACGGAAUUCGUGACACCACCAACUCAGGCUGAGAAGGCACAAGCGACAACACUUGAUUUCGCCAAACCGUGCAAGAGCUCGAAAUACGUCGGCCGCGGUGACAUCUGCUACAAGAGAUCAAAUGACGUCGUUGUGGACAACGAACGCUUAACAUGCAUUCUGUGGAAGAAUGAUACAUUAUAUACGUUUGACGAUGAUGUCACGAUAAGCAACAAAGUGUGCAAGGUAAACCAGGCCGGAUUCUACGGGGGUUGGUUCGUCUUUGAUACAGGCUUUGAAGCAACGGCAGAAGAUUGCGGGGGCGCUGGCACUUACCCAAUCACUGCUCAAAUGAGGAAAUAUGCGAGAACGCCACCAUGUUAAUGCAAAAGGUGUUGCUAAUAAAAGAACUAA